CCAAUAGUUUUGGGCAGUGAGACUGUGAGAUUCGCGUGAGAACAAAAAAAAAAAAAAAUGUUACAACCAACAGACGGCGGUUACACUAACGGGUACCACAACGACGGCGCCGUCGCCGGAGGAAUCUCCGGCGGUCAUAGAGUACGCAGAGGCAGCCGCGGCAGGCCACGUGGCCGUAGAAGUGGUGGUAGUAGUGAUGGUGAUGCUAGGGUUUCUCUACGGCAGCAGCAUAAUGAAGAUGAAGAGGAGAGGGAAAAGCCUGCACCUCCUUGUACGGAGUUCGAUACGGCAUAUUUUAAUUCGUAUGCUCAUGUUGGCAUUCAUGAAGAGAUGAUUAAGGAUCGUGUGCGGACGGACACUUACAGGAAUGCAAUUUUUCAGCAUCAACACUUCAUUGCUGGAAAAGUUGUCGUUGAUGUUGGAUGUGGCACCGGGAUCCUAUCUAUAUUUUGUGCACAAGCGGGUGCAAGACGAGUGUAUGCUGUUGAUGCAAGUGAUAUAGCUGUCCAGGCGAAUGAAAUUGUGAAGGCAAACAACUUAUGUGACAAAGUUAUUGUUUUGCAUGGGCGGGUCGAGGAUGUUGAAAUUGAUGAAGAAGUUGACAUUAUAGUUUCAGAAUGGAUGGGUUACAUGCUGCUUUAUGAGAGCAUGCUGGGGAGUGUUAUCACUGCUAGAGACCGCUGGCUGAAACCAGGAGGUCUUAUUCUUCCAUCACAUGCAACGCUAUACAUGGCGCCUGUGACACAUCCAGACCGGUAUAGUGAAAGUGUUGAUUUCUGGCGUAACGUUUAUGGAAUAGACAUGUCUGCUAUUAUGCCGUUAGCGAAGCAGUGCGCAUUUGAAGAGCCAUCGGUGGAGACAAUUACUGUUGAAAAUGUUUUGACAUGGCCACAAGUGGUGAAGCAUGUGGACUGUUAUAAAGUGACAACUCAGGAGCUAGAGUCCAUCACAUCCAGAUUUAGAUUUGAGUCAAUGAUGCGAUCACCCUUUCAUGGUUUUGCUUUCUGGUUUGAUGUGGAGUUUACUGGCCCAAGAGUAUUUCCUUUGGAUAAUGGUAUGCAGCCUUCAUUUGUUGAGCCUUCAAACAGUAACAUGACGGAAGACAAUCAAAGAAAGAAGCGUCCCAAUCCUAACGAUGCCCUUGUCUUGUCAACUGCACCAGAGGAUCCCCCAACACACUGGCAACAGACAUUGGUUUACUUCUAUGAACCCUUAGACGUGGAGCAAGAUCAGGUUAUUGAAGGCUCUCUAACGUUGUCACAAAGCAAAGAAAAUGCUCGAUUCAUGAACAUACAUCUUGCAUAUUCAUCUGGCGGACGUUCAUUUGUCAAAGAGUCGGUGAUGCGUUAAAUCAACAUAUGAAGUCUUUGUCAGCUGAACCAUUGUGAUGGUCGGUCAUACACGGUUUCUGAUAAUUCUGCUUGUAAUUUAGGUAGGGAAACGAAGGUGAGUUCAGGACAUUUGCACUGCCUCAAAACUUAAAAGCAUUGAGUGUGUCAAUUUCACUGCAUAUUCACGUAGCAUAUUAUGUGAAAACUUGUAACAUGUUUCCGCGAGAACAUGAGUUUCUCAUUAGCUGUAUUUUAUAGAGUAGAUGUAGGGUUGGUUGAUCUGGUAUUGUGUUAGAAUUUUUUAAUUAAUUUGAUUCAUUUGGAUAUGAAAAAGAUAAAAAAAAAAAAUCUAAUUGUUUCUUCAA